AUGGCUAUCAAUGUAACGGACGUUUCGUUAACCAGGUACUACAUUCCAGAAGAUACAUCACUGGAAUAUAUCUGCAGUCAGUCUGAUUCAUCCGGCUUGCAUACCUGUAAUAAACUACCUCCAUAUAAACAUAACGGUAUUAAAUGUAAUUUAACAUUGUUCGAAUGGGAAAAAGUCAAUGAUGAAUCGUGUAUUAAUUGGAAUAUUUAUUAUAAUGAGUGUACUGUGAUGCAUCGUAACCCAUUUCAAGGCUCAGUCUCAUUCGACAACAUCGGUUUUGCUUGGGUGGCCAUCUUUCUGGUGAUCAGUUUAGAGGGAUGGACGGAUAUCAUGUAUUACGUUCAAGAUGCGCACUCGUUCUGGAACUGGAUCUACUUUGUGCUGUUGAUUGUGGUGGGUGCGUUCUUCAUGAUCAACCUGUGUUUAGUGGUCAUCGCGACACAGUUCGCUGAGACAAAACGAAGGGAAACUGAACGCAUGAUACAGGAACGUAAACGGAUGCGUUCUGCCGCUGGUAGCGAACAGGGUGCGACAUCGUCAAAAGAUGGUGGUGCUGGCGAUAGUGUUUAUGCAGCAAUGGUUCGAUUUAUUGGUCAUCACUCGAGGCGACUUAAACGACGUCUCAUUAAGCAAAUUCGCAUUCUAAGAGAACGAUUCUUCACAAAACAGCAACAGUUGAACGGCAAUGAGAACAAUAACAAUAAUAAUAAUGAUAAACUGAUAGUGAAUAAAAAUUUGGAAUUGAACGCUGCCGAGGAGAAUGAUGCAAAUUAUACGAAAGAUAUCGAGAUGGCGAUUGAACGAGAUGAAAGAGAGUGUCAUAUAGAACUCUUAACAGGUAGGUAUCUGUUGUGUCUUAUUGAUAUUGAGGAAACGACUACCUCAGCAGCCGGAGUGUCAUUGGCCCAGAACAACAAGUCUGCAUCAGUACGAGGCUGCACUAAACGGCGUUCGACGUUGGGCUGGCUUCGUGAACGUAUUCAAGCGUUCGUGGUCUGUAAUCACUUCAAACGUGGCAUUCUAUUCGCGAUUCUCAUCAAUACGCUCAGCAUGGGUGUGGAAUAUCAUCAACAGCCCGAAUUGUUAACGAUAAUCCUCGAGUAUAGCAAUUAUUUUUUUACUGGAUUGUUUGCAUUCGAAAUGCUGCUUAAAGUGAUUGCCGAUGGCUUGUUUGGAUACCUAUCGGAUGGUUUCAAUCUAUUCGAUGGCGGUAUUGUAGCGCUCAGUGUUUUGGAGUUAUUUCAAGAAGGCAAAGGAGGUCUAUCGGUUUUGCGCACAUUUCGAUUGUUACGUAUUCUAAAAUUGGUUCGUUUCAUGCCAGCGUUGAGGUAUCAACUCGUGGUGAUGUUGAGAACAAUGGACAACGUUACAGUCUUCUUUGGACUGCUUGUUUUGUUCAUAUUCAUCUUCAGUAUCCUUGGCAUGAAUUUGUUUGGUUGUAAAUUCUGUAAAGUGGAUGAUAAUCCUUUUGGUGCUGGGCAUCUGAAGAAGUGCGAACGCAAAAAUUUCGAUUCACUUCUGUGGGCGUUGAUCACCGUAUUUCAACUUGAGUGUUGGUUGGUUGAUUUGUUUGUAUUCAGCACAUUGGGCAUGGUUUUGUUUGGAUGUAAAUUUUGUACGGACUCAUCGAAUGGACAACGUUGUAAUCCAGUUAAACAAUCGUCAUCGAUGUGGCAAGCAGGAUACAGACACGGGCACUGGCACGACAGUGAAGCAUCAUGGACACAUGAAACAAGUUGGUAUUAUGGUGGGGAGGAUGGCGAGAGCUUAUUCAAGAGGAACGAUACGCAAACUCUAGAGGAUAGUAAAGGAGGAGAAUUGGAUGCAAUGAACACUAAUGUGUUGGUGGCGGGGACGUGUGAAUGUGAACGGACGAACUUCGACUCGUUUUUGCAUGCAUCCGUUACAGUCUUUCAGAUACUGACACAAGAAGACUGGAAUAUGGUACUGUUUAAUGGUAUGGCGCAAACAACACCCUGGGCUGCGCUCUAUUUUGUGGCACUGAUGACGUUCGGCAAUUAUGUUUUGUUCAAUCUAUUGGUAGCUAUUCUAGUGGAGGGGUUCCAGGAGAGUAAAGAAGAGGAGAAACGUCAAUUGGAAGAAGAGGCACGUAAGAAAGCAACUGAAGAGGAGGAGGAGAGGAAGCGUGAACUGGAAUUAUUACUGGCAAAAACUUCAUCACCGUCGUUUAUUUUGAGUCGAAAGAGCGACACAAAACAAUGCACAUGUGGAUACAGUCCGGUGAGUCAGUUGAGCAAUGCAGAACGACAUCAUAUCUCUGUGUAUCCGUUCAUAUCGAGCAAUAUCGCGAAACUAUGCGAAGUUGAUGCAAGCUCAUCGAAAUUCUACUCUCCCAAAGAAGGAGGCUUAGGCUUAGGCUAUGCGCAACUGGAUGCUACAGAAAGUGUUGGCAGUAGUAAUGGUUGUUAUCGUGGAGCAGACACAGGCACAGGCAAUGGGCAGCCAGAUGAUGAACAUUCGACGUAUGAUCGCUUCAGGGCUUUGGUUAGAGCUGAUGCAGCAGUGAGUGAUGAAAGAGGUGAGCAGCAUGAUGCAGUUUCACCGACAUGCAGGUCGACAAUACGUUUCAACGCGAUCAGGCAAGACGAUGGCGGCACUGCUAGUGAAUCGGAGAAUGACGACGAGCGGAGUGUACUUCGAAACAAGUAUCGACUGAACAGACACACGUCGCUGGUGCUGCCCAGGUUGAGUGCAAGCAGUGUGGGCAGCACGGGUUACGAGUACUGUGCGGGUUUGCGAGGUGCAUCACGGCAGCGAAUGAACAGCUGGUGUGGACUGCAUGCUAUGUUCAACCCGUACUGCCCUGUGCAUGGACGUCAGGCGCUGAUCGAAGCUUACGCGAGAGAUAAAUUCAUACAGGCUAGUCAAGAGUUGCAAAAAGCGAUAGCCGAAGAGGAACGUCGUGAGGAAAAACGUCAAAAUUCAGCAUGGCGACGUCUCUAUCGCAAGACUUGUAUGUAUCGACGUGCAGAUUAUUCGCUCUAUGUGUUCAGUACGAAAAAUGGUAUUCGAUUAAGAUGUUUGAAAUUAACGCAAAAGAAGUGGUUCGAUUACACAAUAUUAUUCUUUAUUGGUAUCAAUUGUAUAACGUUAGCAAUGGAACGACCCUCAAUACCACCCAAAUCGUUGGAACGUCAAUUUUUGACGAUGAGUGGCUAUGUGUUUACGGUGAUCUUCACCAUUGAAAUGUCGCUUAAGGUAGUAGCGAAUGGGUGUCUUAUUGGACAAGGAGCGUAUUUCAAAGAUGGCUGGAAUAUACUGGACGGUACUUUGGUGAUUAUCAGUCUGAUUAAUGUGGCUUUUGAACUGCUCGUGCAUAUUGGUAAUUCACCAAAAAUAUUCGGUGUGAUCCGUGUACUCCGCUUAUUGAGAGCAUUAAGACCACUGCGUGUCAUCAAUCGAGCACCGGGCGUGAAAUUGGUGGUGAUGACUCUGAUCAGCAGUUUGAAGCCGAUCGGCAAUAUUGUGCUGAUCUGUUGCACCUUCUUCAUUAUAUUCGGUAUUCUUGGAGUGCAGCUGUUCAAGGGCAUGAUGUACCAUUGUAUCGGACACAAUAUCAGCAACGUAACAACCAAAGCCGAGUGUCUGCGUGAUCCACACAACAAGUGGGUGAAUCACCGUUAUAAUUUCGACAAUCUUGGACAGGCGUUAAUGUCGUUGUUUGUGCUGUCAAGUAAAGAUGGCUGGGUUUCGAUUAUGUACCAAGGCAUUGACGCCACUGGUGUGGAUAUGCAGCCGAUAGAGAACUACAACGAAUGGCGAAUGAUCUACUUCAUAUCGUUUCUGUUGUUGGUCGGUUUCUUCGUGCUGAACAUGUUCGUCGGUGUGGUGGUGGAGAAUUUCCACAAGUGCAAAGAGGCACUCGAGGCGGAGAUGCGUGAGCGGGCACGUCAGAAGCGUUUGGAACGCAAGUUGAGACGGCAGAGGUAUGAGGAUCAGUAUGGACAUAAACGCAAGAAAAAAGAGAAGUCACAUCCGUAUUGGUAUAAGUAUGGACAAACACGAAUGUUCCUCAACAAUAUCGUAACGUCAAAGUACUUCGAUUUAGCAAUUGCAGCCGUUAUCGGUAUAAACGUAAUCUCAAUGGCGAUGGAGUUUUACAUGAUGCCAGCCGGUCUAAAGUAUGUUUUGAAGGCGUUGAAUUAUUUUUUCACGGCAGUGUUCACGCUUGAAGCAGCCACCAAAUUGAUUGCGUUGGGUAUUAAGCGAUUUUUUAAAGAGAGAUGGAACCAGCUAGAUAUGUUCAUUGUGGUACUCUCGAUAGCUGGUAUUAUCUUCGAGGAGUUUGAAGCGUUGGAGUUACCGAUCAAUCCGACGAUAAUUCGUGUUAUGAGAGUGUUGAGGAUUGCUCGAGUGUUGAAACUGCUGAAGAUGGCCAAGGGUAUUCGAUCGUUAUUAGACACAGUCGGCGAGGCACUACCCCAGGUCGGAAACCUGGGCUCGCUGUUUUUUCUGCUAUUCUUCAUCUUCGCUGCGCUUGGUGUGGAGCUGUUCGGCAAACUGGGCAAGUUAUUACAUGGUUAUUAUUAG